AUGUUAGCACAGGUUUCGGGCAUCAAUAAUUCUGUUUCAGCGCAGGUGAAAGAAGCGUGUUCGAUUCAAUUGCGGUCACCAAUUGACCCACUUAUUUCUAUUGAUGCCCUUGUGUUAGUUCUACCAAAUCUGACAGGGAAUUUGCCUACUUGUGAUGUUAGCGCACUCACACAACAAGUUUUUCCUGAUUUGGUUUUGGCAGAUAAAAGGUUUUUUGUGAAUGAACAAGUCGAUCUGGUUCUUGGAGGAGACAUAUAUCCUCAAAUAAUAUUAGGUGGAAUUAAGAAGAACGUUCUCAGUACUCUCUUAGCGCAAGAAACAGUAUUCGGUUGGAUACUGACUGGUCGUGCUGAUGCAGCCAGCCCAACCAGCAAUAAUCGAGUUUCAAUUUACAAUGAGGUUGCCCUUGAUAGACAGUUAUGCUUAUUCUGGGAACUGGAGGAUUUGCCGAGAAACAGAGCACCAACAACCGAAGAAACACAGUGUGAGGAGCUCUACAAGCGUACAACCAAACGGAACCUAGACGGAAGGUAUAUCGUUUCGCUUCCAUUCAAAGCGGAGUUCCCGGCUGAUACCAAAUUGGGGCCAUCACUGAGAAUAGCGUGCUCGCAAUUCUACAAAAACGAGACACGCCUCAAGAAAAAUCCAGAUUUGCAUGCGGAAUACAACAGGGUCAUACUAGAGUACGAGACAAUGGGGCAUAUGUCGAAAAUCAAUGCACUUCAGUCGGCCGAUGCAAUCGACAAUUACUAUCUGCCUCAUCAUGCCGUGAUAAAAGAAGAAA